CCAUAUUACCACAGCCAAAUACGUCAUCUCUUUAGCCAAAUCCUUAUUCGCUCGCAAAGUACGAGUUUAACAGAGGAUGGUCAUGGAAACUCCAUCACCGCAAUGCGUUGGCCUUGAGUUUGUGCGCCAGUACUACACGGUGCUCAACAAGGCCCCCAUGCACCUUCAUCGUUUUUUCAGUCACAACUCCUCUUUUAUGCAUGGGGGCCAUAACUCCAUGAGUGAACCCAUUAUCGGCCAAGCAGACAUACACAAAAUGAUCAUGAGCCUUAACUUCCGUGAUUGUCAUGCUAAGAUCCGAAUGGUUGACGCUCAAGCUACGCUCGGUAAUGGAGUUGUCAUCCAGGUAACUGGUGAGCUCUCCAAUAAUGGAAUGCCCAUGCGACGAUUCAUGCAGACUUUUGUACUAGCGCCUCAGACCCCCAAGAAGUUCUACGUGCACAAUGACAUUUUCCGGUACCAAGAUGAGGUUUUCAGUGAUGAAGAGGGUGCAGAGGAGGGAGGAAGUGAAGUGGAGGAGGACUUGGAAGGCCCUGUCUCCACGCAAGGCUUCUCAGCUCCCUCUGCUGCUGUCAAUGGAUCUGCCCAUCCGCCUGAGCCUGAACCCACUCCUCCUGCUGCUCCCCAGACUCCUGUCACGCCUCAAGUCCCAACACCUGUACCUACUGUUCCAGUACCUGCUCCUGGAAAUUCAUCAAAUGCUGCCACCACAGCUCCUGUAGCCACUGCCCCUCUUUCUCCAACACCUCCAGCAAUAACACCCACAGAACCUGUACCAGAAAGUCCACCCACUCCAGAAAAUGACGAGCAGGGCUGGGGUACUCCAGGCACAGAUGGCUGGGGUGCUCCUGCAGAGCCUCAGGGUUCUUGGGAUGAACCAGCAGUACCUCAGAAGGAGACACCAGAUCCAGACCCCCCACAACCAGAACCUGUUCAGUUGCCAUCAAAUGAGCCGAAGACUUUUGCCAAUCUCUUCAAAAAUUCCCAAGGUUUCCCUGCAGCUCCAGCACCUGCUGCCUCACAGCCAUCAUCUCAUGCCCAGCCAACUCCUCCAGCACAGCAACAGCCCCCACAGAAUCGAACUGACAACCGAACCCAGGCAAGCACCACCACUCCAGCUGUGAGUCAGGCUCACUCUACUGGUGGCUUCACCCAGAGACCACCAAGGAAUGCACAAGGUCGAGGGGCACCGCGUGAUCGUCCUUAUAGGCCUAACAGUGAAGACAAUUCAGAAUUGGAGAGCCUAGGUGGGGAAGAAAGAAGGAGAGCUCCUCCUGUACCAGACAGUCAGCAGAUCUUUGUUGGUAACCUUCCACACACAGCUGGAGAGGAUGAACUGAAGGCGGAAUUCUCAAGAUUUGGGAAAAUUAUGGAUAUCCGUAUUAAUACUGCUAAAGGAAAAACUGGUCCCAAAGGUCAGGUCCCCAACUUCGGUUUCAUCACAUUUGAAGAGGAAGGUUCUGUGUCAAAGGCUCUCAACUCUAGGCCAAUCCAUCUUAAUGGUGAGCAUCGGUUGAACGUGGAAGAGAAGAAGGCUCGCCUAAGGAUGGAUGGAGGCGGAAUGGGCCGUCCCAACAGUGGCCGUGGAGGAAUGGGAGGCAGCGGUGGCAUGCGUCAAGGCCCCCCUAGUGGCUUACAGGGACGAGGAGGAGGACGACCAGGCUUUAAUCGUGACAGUAAUCGAGGUGGACCAGGUGGACCCAGAGGUAGUUUUGCACCGCGACGUUAGGCUAACCAAUUAUAGUCACCAUGGCCUACUCUCUUACUACUCAUAGGAAACCUCUGUCCAGUGCAGCCAAUCUCAAACGGAUGGCUGCAGUGUAAGUGGUCCAAACAUCUGCAAGAGGACUGCUCAAGUAAAAUCUGCAGUAGAGCCAUUGUACAACUUGAUGGAAUGGUGUGCUUCUCAGUGAAUGUUGCUGUUUUGAUAAUGUAACUCAACAAUGGCCACUUGAAAAUACUGGUGCUUGAGGUGAUGAUGAUGAAACUUCAGUGAUAUGGUAAACAAACUUCACAAUAACAUAAGUGGCUUCUUUUGUAAUUUAGUUACUCCCACUUCUCUAACUGUAUUAGAGUUAUCAGAUUGAUUUCCAUUUCGUGAACACAACAAUUUUUCCACUGAUGACGUGUACUUAGACAUAGUGCCUCCCCUGAUGUAGAUUGUGUUUCUAUGAGUAAAUAAAAGAACCCUCCUUUUUUGGAUGGUUGUGAUGGAAUUCAAUCUCUAAAUCUUGGACAACAAUUACUCUUUUAUUAUUAUUUGGUAAUAAUAAAACAUGUUAUUGUGAUUACCAAAAUCAUUCCCUUUUUAACAGCUACUAGUCAGGAUUGAAACAAAGGUUUUUUUGUGCUUAUUUCAGUUUCAACAUCUAAAAAGUCCUUGAAAUUAUAUUGGAAAUAUAGAAGAAGUGGAUUAAAAUGGGUACUGCUUGAGGUCAUUGAUUUAUGUACUGGUAUUUGAUUCCAGUGAUGUUUUUGUAUGUUAGAAUUUUUUAACUUAUUUUUGAAACUUCAGCUGAGACUGAUGUACAUUUUGUACCUGGCAACAGAAGAUUGGUGAGGUUUAGUCCACUUUUUCCAGUGAUCAGCAUGCAGACACAGUAAUCCUCAGAGAUGUCUUAUCUGACUUGGCUCACAUCCAUGCUCACUGUUUUGACGUUACAUUUCCAGCACUGCUGUCAUACUGGGCAUUACACAUACAUAAAAUGUUAACUUGUUACAUGUAGUUCACAAGGCCAAGUACAGAUUAGCAUCUGCUAAUAGCUGAUUCCAUUUUUUUAUUUGAUGUGGGUGCAGUUGCCAAUAUCCGUUAAUAUUGACAACUUCACAUUAUCACAGAAGUACUUUAACUGGAGGAGCGAAGAGGAAACCAGUGUCCAAGGUCACAUUCUCGUCUAUUUUGUAGUAAAUCACUUUGAUCACUACUCAAAGAUUAUGCUUGAUUCAACCUCUUUCAUAUGUUGUAGUGUGCUAGUUUCUCCGAAUGGGAAAUGAAUAAUAGAAUGGAGCAUUUAUAUUUCACAAGUGUGAGUUGUAAACACCCCAAAGCAUUUCUAUAUUAAAAAAAAAGAAAAAAAACAAUGUGCGAAAGAGGGAAUAAAAUAGCCUUAUCACCACCAACACUGUUGCAACUACUUUCCCCAUGUUUGUUUCAUUCCAAGGGAUUAGAUAUAAAGGGUGUCUUGAGCAUGCAAUAAUUUUCAGAACUGGUAAAAUGGAAUAUUGUUUUUUAUAUUAUCAUCGUAAGUUUUAGUAUUAAAUUUUUCAUUGUGUAAACUAUGUACAAAUCAGUAUUACUUUUCUUUUUCUUUUUUUUUUUCUUUUUCUUUUUUUUUUUCUUUAUGCACAGUUUGUUACUGGUUGUGUUACAAUGGAAGCUCUCACACUACAGUAUGAUGAGCAGAAAUGUGAUAUUAGUUUAGAUAGUGGGCAAGCAGACACAGGGCAGAUCUGAAAGUCAUUGCAUGUCAGGAUAGCUUUUGAAACUGUCCUUUCAAAUUGUUAUAGAAGGGCAUUAGAUAAUUGCCCACACCUGGAGCUAGAUGAACCUCUGGGAAUUGUUACAGGGACAUCAGAAGAGAACUUAGCUCACAGGUCAUGUGAAGGGAUAUGCUGUAGUUGCAGACUUUAUACAUUCUGUUCAUGAACUAUUGAAUUGGUAAAUUGAUAUGGGUUACUAUUUUCCUUAAGCAUAAAGGAAAAUAAUUCAGAUUUAAUUUGAAAGUCUAGACACCUCAAACUUCAGCUAUUCCAAAUCCCAUAGCUUACAUUAUCAUUGGAGCUCCUGGGAGCAUGGCUAGCAUGUGAUGUUUUAAUUUGAUUUAAAAGUUUUGAAAAAGGUUUGAAAAUUGCUUUUGCUUUAACUUCCUUUAAGGUCUGUUCUUGCAGCUCCUCCUGGUCAGAAACUUUGUGAUGUCAAAUACUGAUGAAUGAAAGUGAGAAAUAAAAGCCUCUUUUCAUGUA